GGCGCGGCCGGCGGUGUGGGGUGCUGGCCGGGUGUUGCUGUCCAGUUCUCUGCGGUUCCCGAGGGCCCUCCGCCCCGCCGGCGCCAUGGGCAAUUGCCACACGGUAGGGCCCAACGAGGCGCUGGUGGUUUCAGGCGGCUGUUGUGGUUCCGACUAUAAACAGUACGUGUUUGGCGGCUGGGCCUGGGCCUGGUGGUGUAUAUCCGACACACAGAGACUGUCUCUGGAGGUUAUGACCAUCCUGUGUCGCUGUGAGAAUAUUGAGACGUCGGAGGGGGUCCCGCUAUUCGUAACAGGGGUUGCACAGGUAAAGAUCAUGACGGAAAAGGAACUCUUGGCCGUGGCCUGCGAGCAGUUCCUGGGGAAGAACGUACAGGACAUCAAGAACGUUGUCCUGCAGACCCUGGAGGGGCACCUGCGCUCUAUCCUUGGGACCCUGACUGUGGAGCAGAUUUAUCAGGACCGAGACCAGUUUGCCAAGCUGGUGCGGGAGGUGGCAGCCCCUGACGUUGGCCGUAUGGGCAUCGAGAUCCUCAGCUUCACCAUCAAGGAUGUAUAUGACAAAGUGGACUAUCUGAGCUCCCUGGGCAAGACGCAGACUGCCGUGGUGCAGAGAGAUGCUGACAUCGGCGUGGCUGAGGCCGAGCGGGACGCGGGCAUCCGGGAAGCUGAGUGCAAGAAGGAGAUGCUAGACGUGAAGUUCAUGGCAGACACCAAGAUCGCCGACUCCAAGCGAGCCUUUGAGCUGCAAAAGUCAGCCUUCAGUGAGGAGGUCAACAUCAAGACAGCCGAGGCCCAGCUGGCCUAUGAGCUGCAAGGGGCGCGGGAGCAGCAGAAGAUUCGGCAGGAGGAAAUCGAGAUCGAGGUUGUGCAGCGCAAGAAGCAGAUUGCGGUAGAGGCACAGGAGAUCCUGCGCACGGACAAGGAGCUCAUUGCCACCGUGCGCUGUCCAGCUGAGGCCGAGGCCCACCGCAUACAGCAGAUCGCCGAGGGCGAAAAGGUGAAGCAGGUCCUUUUGGCUCAGGCAGAGGCUGAGAAGAUCCGCAGAAUUGGGGAGGCAGAGGCUGCAGUCAUUGAGGCGAUGGGCAAGGCAGAGGCUGAACGGAUGAAACUCAAGGCUGAAGCCUACCGGAAAUACGGGGACGCGGCCAAGAUGGCCUUGGUGCUGGAGGCCCUGCCCCAGAUUGCUGCCAAAAUCGCCUCCCCACUGACCAAAGUUGAUGAGAUUGUGGUCCUCAGUGGGGACAACAGCAAGGUAACAUCAGAAGUGAACCGACUGCUGGCUGAGCUGCCUGCCUCUGUGCAUGCCCUCACAGGCGUGGACCUAACUAAGAUACCCCUGAUCAAGAAGGCCACUGGUGUGCAGGUGUGAGGCCCAGCAGGCCCAUACCCUUCAGCAGCUGCCUGCCCCUCCCUCCAGCACCUGGUUUAAUACCACAGGGACAACGGGAACGUUACUGACUCUGGUGCCUUAUUUUGUAGGGACCAGAAGUGCUGCGAGUUCAGGCCAUCUCUGGCUGUCUUCCCUUCUCUCAUGUCUCUGUCUCUCCCUCUUCUUCCUUUCCACGACCCCACAUACUCACUUUCACUGCCACAUUCAUCUGAUUGUCUUUCACCCUCCUGUACCUGUGCGUCACUUCUUCCGUCAUGUCUGUCUAUCUCUCUCCCUCUCCCCUCCUACCCCCUACACACAUGUAGUUUAAGCUGAAGAUGUUUAUUAUAUUCAUUGUCUGUGGGGGGCGGCCCUGCUGCUCCUCAGAAUCCUGGUGCCUUGAAGUUCUUCGUGCAUCUGUCCAUCCUCCCUAUGGCCCCGGCUAGAGCUCAGUGUGGGUGCAGGGGUUCUGGGUAGGACGGCCAUCCUCCCCGCUCCUGGCCUGGUCUUCCCAGCCCUAAGCCUUGCCCCAAGGAAACUUUGGCCUUACCUGCUGCUGCCUCUCCCUCUAGGCCUGGGUAGCCCAUGGCUUCAGGACCCAGGGCCACUGCCCUUCGCUUCCCCCUUUCCCAGCCCCAGGCCUGAUCUCAUACUCCAGCCCUGUCUUCUCCAUGCCAGGGGCACAGAGGUAAGGCCUCCUGUCUAUAGCAGCCCCCUCAGUUUACUGCUGCUUUAGGAGGCCCCUUCUUGUGCUCAGGGAAGUCAAGUCCCCUUCAUGGGCAUGUCCCUGCUCAGUGGGGUGAGCUUGGUCCCACCUCUGCCAAGCCUUUCUGGGAUCACGGGCCAGGCCAGUGGGGACAGGAAAGUAUGUAGACCCUCUUCCUGCUAGGGCUGUGCUGCCCUGGCUGCUGGGCCCUGCCAGCAGACAAGGCUAUGUACAGAACCAAGUGGUGUAGGCUGGCCAGGCCCCAUACCCCCAUGCCAUCUUUCUUUCUGGCCAAGUGAUAGAGUUCCAGCAAUGGGGAAGCUGCCCAGUCCUCUGUCUCCUUGCUCCAGUAGAGGCACAAGAGCCCAGGGCCCAAGCUUCCUGGCAGGGGUGCUGUGGGUGUCCUUCAGUCCUAGUCCUCCACCCCUGGCUCUGCCCCAGCCUGUGUAGCUGUUCCUGCAUGUGGAUGCUGCAUGUCUGGUCUGGGGCUUGGAUGCUGCACUGCCCCACCGCCUGUCCCUUCUGGUAUAAUAAAGAUCUGUUAUGCCCACCCCUGCUUUAUGUCUUCUGUGAGGGGAGAGACUGGGAACCAAGAACCAACCAGGUCUCCCAUACAUAUACCCAUCAGCUUUAAGCCAGGGUUUUGUCCUUCCCCAUUCUAGCCACUGGGGGGUGUUGGCAUAUUAGCCAUGCCUCACAGCAGCCCCAUUUGCUCUGAGCCUGUUGCAACUCACAGUGAUCCUAUAGGACAGGGUAGAACUGCCCCAUAGUGUUUCCAAGCCUGUCACGUAGACUGCCACAUCUUUCGUGGAACAUGUGGUGCGUUCGAGCUGCUGACCUUUCGAUUAGUACCCAAUCACUUACACCACUGUGUCACCAGGGCUUCUUCCACAGCAACCCAGUGCACUGUUGCUAUUGACCAAGGUGCUGAGGCCAGACCUGAGCUGUGGAAGACCAGGCUUCACUGCAGGCAGAAGGUAGAGGGGCAGCUGGCUGGGUUCACUGUACCUCUGCCAGUCCUGGGUACCACUCAACAAUGGAGCCAACCUCUUGGGACUAAAAGCAUGAACUCUGGAAUCAGACUGCUGUGUCAUCUUGGAGAAAUCACUUCAUCUUACUGGGACUCCAAUGUUCUUAUUCAUUUUAUAAAUUUACCUAGUGCUUGCUAUGUGCCAGGCAUUGUCUUAGAUGCUGGAAUAGGAAAUUCAAGGGGUCAGGGGAAUGCUAAAAUUUUAGGGUGUCCAAGGAAGACAUCAUUGAGAUGGUGGCAGUGAAGAAAGUAAAGGAGUGAGCCAUGCAGGUGUCUGAGGAAAAAGCAUUCCACCCAAAGGCCCUGAGCUGGGGUAUAUCUGACAGGAUCAAAGAACGGUGAGGAGGUCAGUGUGUUUAGAAGCUAGCGAGUGAGUGAGUGAGAAGAGUAAUAGAGGAGAUCAGGUUGGGAACCCGUUUCCAGAUCACCUAGAACCUUGUGUGCUGUUGAGUUGAUUUCAACUCAUAGCAACCCCAUGUGACAGAGUAGAACUGCCCCAUAGUAUUUUCUUGGCUGUGUAAUCUUUACAGAAGUACUUCACCAGGUCUUUCUCCCAAGGAACCGCUGGGUGGGUUCAAACUGCCACCCUUUUGGUUUGCAGGCGAGUGCUUAACUAUUGCACCACCAGGGCUCCUUAUAGAUCGUAUUUCAGGAGUAGGGUGCUGUUCUAACAGAUAUCUAAAUUGUGGAAGCGGUUUUGGAAUUAGGUAAUGGGUGAAGGCUGGAAGAGUUUUAAGGUGUCUAAUAGUAAAAGCCUGGAUUGCCUUAAAGAGACUGUUGGUGGAAUUAUGGACAUCAAAGGGCUCAGAAGGAAGUGAGGAGAGCUGUAACACCAGAGACAAUGCAGACGGCGAGAAGCAGCAGCAGAGAAACAGUGGCAGCAGAAGCAGGAGACAGGCACUAGGCAAUGCAGGAGCUGACCCAAGGAGCAAGACAGCUGACCGCCUUCAGGCCAAGGCUUGCUGGUGGGGUAUGGUGCCCCUGGACACUUACCUGUAGAGCUAAAAUAGGUUUGUAACACUUGCCCAAGCAAGCCAGAGGCCAGGCCAGACCAAGAGGCCGAGGGGGCUGGGGGCUGAGGACCAAGGAGAGGCCUGCCUAUGGGCACAGCCAAGAAGCUAUCUUGACUGAAGAACUGUGUAGGAAACAAGCCAAAGGAGCUACAUCUGCUGUCCUUCAAGAAAAGAAAGAACCAUCCCUAGAGCAGCUCUGUGAUCAGCAGAAUGUUGGAAAAAACACAGGAAGCAGAGCUGCCUUGGUCUCAAAGG